UAAAAUAUUAAAAAAAAGAUCCCCAAUCCCCAUUCUCAGUUGAUGAGUUGGUCACAUUCCACUCAUCUGACUGCCCCUCUGUUUUAAACAGAUUCACCUUUUUCAGUUUUCUCUUCACUUUUCCGGCCACCGUUGCACCUCCUCCGGCCACCACCUACUCGCCGGAAAACAGCUACCGAUCAUCUACACGUGUAACCAGAUCGCCGUCCACGAAGAUCUCAUCAACUUUUCACGUUUUCAGUUUCGCUUUCGUUAAUUAACGAAGAUCUCCACAAAUUACUCAGUGUUCAGUGUAAUUAUCGAAGAUCUCAACGGAUUAUUAAGUGUUCAGAUUUGAUUGUCUGUUCUGAAGCGGUGAAAGAGACGGAUGAGUGUUUAAUUUGGUUGAUUUUGUGUACAGAUGAACUGAAGGGAGCCAUGAAAGAGAGCCCUAGAAGAUACACAAACCCCUUUUUAUCAGAUGAAGAGAAUGAAAAACUCAACUUAUGGACUCAAGAACUUGAGCAUUCAAAUAUUGAGCAUGAUACAUUGACAACUUUAGGACCAUCCGAUUUUUGUGAGAAAGAAACAGAACUUUACACCGAUAAAAAUGUUACGGAAUGUGAAUUUCCUGAGUUGUUAAUAUGUUACAAAGAGGGUGCUUUUCAUGUUAAGGAUAUCUGUGUUGAUGAAGGAAUACCUCAUGGAGAAAGGUUUUUGUUUGACGAGAAUAAUAAUGAGAUGCUGCAUCCUGAAAAGUUGAGGUUUACAACUAUGGAAGAUUAUUAUAUGGAAUCUAAUUUAUGUUCUGGAACCGACGUGAAAGUUGAUACUCCUUUGCCUGUUCUAGAACCUUCUAAUGAUCAUAUGAAUAUUGGAGAUAAUCGUGAUGAAGUUGAUGCUGCGUUAGCUUUAAACGGGCCUAUCAGUGAUCAUAGAAAUAUGGGCAAAAUAAGUAUUGAUAUGGAGAUUCCAGUUCAUGAUUUACAGGAUCCAGUACCUGAUUACAAAGAGUGUGGGUACAAGGAAGAAGUUAGUGACUUUGUCGGUCCAAAUGAAUCGAAGGAAAUUUCUAAAGAUGAUAUUAACGACGGAAAUGGAAUUUCGAAAUCUUUUGCCGACGGGUUUAUGGUUUCUUCAGAUUCUGUUACUGCUUCAAAAGCUACCGACAAUGACGGUCCAGAUAUCUCAGUGCAACUUGAUGAAAAUAUGAUUUAUUCAAGUGACAAUUUAUUGGAUAAUGUUUCUACAGAGAAAGUAGUUUCUAAUAGUGGGAUCUCGUCGGAACAAGAUCAAUCGGUUACUGUUUCUAAAGCUACCGAAAAUGAUGGUAAAGAUAUCUCGGUGCAACCUGAUGAAAAAAUGAAUUUUUCAAGUCAUAAUUUAUUGGAUAAUGUUUCUACAAAUAAAGUAGUUUCUAAUAGUGGGAUCUCGUUGGAACAAGAUCGAUCGGUUACUGUUUCAAAAGCUGCCGAAAUUGAUGAUCCGGGUAUCGCGGUGCAGCCUGAUGAAAAAAUUACUUAUUCAAGUGACAAUUUAUUGGAAGAUGUUUCUACAGAGAAAGUAGUUUUAAAUAGCGGGCCCUCUUUGGAACAAGAUCGAAUUCUUCCAUCACUCAAAUCUCUCCUUGAGUCCAUUGAUCAACAGCCUUGUCAGAGUCCAAUAGAAGAAAUCUCAAAAAGGCCCGAUGAGAGUGGAAACGCGGUGGAAGGAAACGACACUUUGCAUCUCAACAGUAUCAAACCAGCAACUGGUAGUGAACAUGUUCAUAACAUGGAGAAUCUUGAACAUCCUGAACUUUCCAUAGUGCCGAAUGGUGCACCUAAGCUCCAGGAUUCGGGUUCAGAUAAUGUUGCAAUGGUUAAUCAGCUUCAUCGUGGUGAAGGAGAGUCAAGUUUCUCCGUUGCAGCUCCUGUUCCAGAACAUAUAACUUAUUCGGGGCCGAUAGCAUUUUCUGGAAGCACCUCUCUCCGAUCAGAUAGCAGCACAACUAGCACCCGAUCCUUUGCCUUUCCCAUAUUGCAAAAUGAGUGGAACAGCAGUCCUGUAAGAAUGGCUAAGGCUGACAGAAGACGCUUACAGAAGCACCGUGGAUGGAAGCAUGGGCUUUUAUGCUGUAGAUUCUGAUUUCAUGCAUCUUUAAUUUUAUAGGAUGUCGGGUUUUUUUUUCUAUACAUACAAAUCAAAUUUUCUUAGGCGUGCAGCUUUGUUCCAAAGUUGUGAUCGAGGUUGAAAUAUGGUCUUUUGUGUUCGGUUUUUUUGACUUCAUUUAGCGUGUUGUUUGCUUUUAGUAAUUAGAAUUUCAUAUUUAUUCGGGUGAUAUUUCUUAUAUACACAUAAAUUAACUAGUUGAGCAAAAAAGAAAUGUCCUUUUUA